AUGACUGGAACUGCAUCAAAGGGAAAAGUGCUUCUUGCCUAUUCUGGCGGUCUUGAUACUUCCUGCAUUCUUGCAUGGCUGAUCGAGCAAGGCUACGAGGUUAUUGCCUACAUUGCCAAUAUUGGUCAGGAAGAAGACUUUGAAGUUGCUCGCCUCAAGGCUCUCAAGAUUGGUGCAACAAAAGUGUUUAUUGAGGAUCUCCGCAAAGAGUUUGUUGAGGAUUUGAUUUGGCCUGCCGUUCAAGCCAAUUUGUUGUACGAGGGCGUUUACCUUCUCGGCACUUCUCUUGCUCGCCCAGUCAUCGCUCGUAAGCAGAUUGAGAUUGCUGCACGUGAAGGUUGCAAGUAUCUAUCUCAUGGCUGCACUGGAAAGGGCAAUGACCAAGUUCGUUUUGAGCUGGGCUACUAUGCCUUGAAUCCAUUGAUUGAGGUGAUUGCUCCAUGGCGCGAUCCCGAGUUUUUUGAAAAGUUUCCUGGUCGAUCUGCAUUGCUACAGUAUGCUGCAGAGCGAGGCAUCCCUGUUACCCAAACAGCGGCAAAGCCAUGGUCUACGGAUGAAAACUUGUACCAUAUAUCCUUUGAAGCUGGAAUUCUUGAAAAUCCCAAUACUACUCCACCCAAAGAUAUGUGGAAACUCACUGUUGAUCCUGAAGAUGCACCCAACACUCCCGAGCGCAUUGAAAUUCAUUUUUCACGGGGAAAACCUGUCAAGGUGGUCAACACUGUAGACGGAAAGAGUGUCACUGACCCACUUGAACUGUUCCUCUAUCUUAACGAGCUUGGUCGUAAGCAUGGUGUAGGUAGAAUUGAUAUUGUCGAAAAUCGUUUUAUUGGUAUCAAAUCUCGCGGAUGCUAUGAAACCCCAGGCGGUACAAUUCUUCGUGCUGCUCAUGUUGAUCUUGAAGGUCUAACUCUUGAUCGUGAGGUACGUCGUCUCAAGGACACCUAUACCCAGCGUCUUGCUGAAAUUGUCUACAAUGGAUUGUGGUUUUCUUCUGAGCGUGAAUUUAUCAUGGCCAGUGUUGAGCAAUCUCAAAAAGCAGUCAACGGUAUUGUCAAGGUCAAAUUGUACAAAGGCAAUGCUAUGAUUGAAGGUCGUUCAUCGCCUACAUCUCUUUAUGAUGAAAAGAUUGCAUCAAUGGACGAGGCGGGUGGGUUUAAUCCUUCUGACAGUCAAGGUUUUAUCAAGAUUCAAAGCAUUCGUCUCAAGGCAUACAUGAAUCAGCAGGCAAUGAUAAACAAGUUGGACCAGUAG